CAUCUUCGCUACUAUUCCAUCGCGAACGCCUCUCAAGCUUCGUAAGCCUCGAAUUUCCCCGCCGGCAAGCAAGAUUUGAACGACAUCAGAACGAAAUGGGGAGGGUUUUGCAAUGGCGGAUGCUGGUGCCGAUGAUGCUGUUUGCGGGACUUGGAGUCGCGGAUCGGGAUCUGGUGUUUCCCUACGUCGGCUUAGGCGACGCGGGCGUGGAUAAUGAUGAGUGGAAGGACUUUCAUGGCCGGGUUAUGGACGUGCAAAACGGCCUAACAACCUACUCCGUAGGCUGCGCCACCGACCCCUGCGCCGGCUGGGCCAACCUGCCCGAAUUCACCUACACAGUCGCCAUCGGCCCCAAUACCUUCGACAUGAAGUACACCGACGAGCCCGUCCUCUCCACCCACACUGCCUGCACCUUCACCGGCUCCCCUGCCACGGCUGCCAGCUGCGAAAUGACGAACGCGGGGACUAUUGCGCACUCUACCCUGGGCUAUGAGUACCAUUUCACGGUCCCGGGUUGGACGGGGAGCGGGAAUUGGGACUUGUGGAAUGUGCAGAGUGCGACGCUUCGGGUUGUUGAUGGGACGGUGGCUGCGAGUGGGAGUGCGACUAGUGGUGCUGUAAGUGGGAGUGGGAGUAGGAGUGGGAGUGCGAUGGUGACGCCGGCGCCGACGACCGGUACGGGUGUAAGUGGAAGUGGGCUGGCGCAAGCGAGUAGUACGGCGAGUACUGGGGCGGUGGUUAGGACGGGGGUGCCGGGGUGGCUGGUUGGUGUUGGGAUGGGAGUUGCUGCUGGUGCUGUGCUGGGUGUGUGAUGAACUCAUUCGUGAAGGGAGGGAGUAAUUCAGAAUACACUUUCAACGUUUACGCACCGUGUCCACGGAGAAUAGUACGGGGAGGCUGCUAGGAUUCAGUGCCAUCGGCAAUGGGGAGCUCGCCAGGGAGCCGGAUUUUGAAGGCAUCAUUGAGGUUUACCUGACUACUACUGGGCUCCAGUCUAGAAGCUGUCUUACUGCAUAAUUACCGCGAUGUUGCCUUCAAUCUCAUAUUCGC